UGCACUAAAUAUGAUUGAACAAAGUUGAUUUUGGGUCACUUUGCUCUAUUGAUACAAAUUCAGGAGGCAAAGAGUCGGAAAAAGGUUCGGGAGGAUGAGGAAAGCCAAAACAGAGGAGGAAAGUUGAAAUUGAUUUUACUUUGAGCAACCGUCAGUAGAGAUGACCAUAAUCACAGUCGCAGCGAUGAUCACUUUGACACCGAUUGUCAGUCGCAGCCUUCAAAUCAAAAACCAAAGUUCAGUUACAGCUCAACAUCGAUCUUUCCACUCUCUACCUAAAAAUUCACAUUCUCUCCAAACUCACUUUCAAAAUUUAGUAAAUAAAUUCGACCCUCACAUUCCCGUUGAGGAAGCCUUCACACCACCAAGCUCCUGGUAUACAGACCCUUCUUUCUACGAUUAUGAACUCCAUUGCGUCUUCUAUAAAGGCUGGCAGGCUGUUGGUUUCACUAAGCAGAUAAAGAGUCCUCGUGACUUCUUUACUGGAAGAUUAGGAAAUGUAGAGUUUGUUGUGUGUCGUGAUGACAAUGGCAAGGUUCAUGCGUUUCACAAUGUCUGUCGCCAUCAUGGCUCGGUUCUUGCAUCAGGCUGCGGUCAAAAGUCGUGCUUUGUAUGUCCUUACCAUGCAUGGACCUAUGGCCUAGACGGAGCACUUCUUAAAGCAACAAGGAUAACAGGAAUGCAAAAUUUCAGUUUAGAUGAGUAUGGGCUUCUUCCAAUAAAUGUAGCUGCUUGGGGUCCAUUUGUUCUUCUCAAUGUGGACAGGGAGAGUUCACCUCAGCAGGAAGUUGAUGGCAACAUGGUGGAAAAUGAAUGGCUUGGCAGUUGUUCGGGGCUACUUAAAACCAAUGGAGUUGAUUCUUCCUUGAGUUAUGUUUGCAGGCGUACAUACAAUAUUGAAUGUAAUUGGAAGGUGUUUUGUGACAACUAUCUAGAUGGUGGUUACCAUGUGCCAUUUGCACAUAAAUCCCUGGCAUCUGGUCUUAAGCUUGAUUCUUACUCCACCACAAUAUUUGAAAGGGCUAGCAUCCAAAAAUGUGAAGGUGGCUCAAUGGGGAGUGUAGAUGAGUUUGAUCGGCUUGGAUCAAAAGCUAUAUAUGCUUUCAUUUUUCCCAACUUCAUGAUUAAUAGGUAUGGACCUUGGAUGGACACCAAUCUUGUACUCCCGUUAGGACCCAGCAAAUGCCAAGUGAUAUUUGACUAUUUUGUUGAAGCUGAUUAUAAGAAUGAUAAAACAUUCAUCGACAGAAGUCUAAUCGAUAGUGAAAGAGUACAGAUGGAAGAUAUCAUGCUAUGUGAAGGUGUUCAGAGAGGCCUUGAAUCACCGGCAUAUUGCAGAGGUAGAUAUGCUCCUACAGUUGAGAAAGCAAUGCAUCAUUUCCACCAAUUGCUUCAUGGAAAACUUAAAAUAUGAACAUCAUUGUGAAUUAGUAACGACUUCAAGGAACCAAAAUAUCUAGCAUUUGAUCAAUCCACGAAUUCGGUGCACAUAAUUUGAUUGGUUCAUGUUUGUGGUACUUAGUUUAUUUAUACAGAAAUUUGAAUUGUCCAAUAAUGUGAAUCCUAUUAAUAAAGACGUCUUGUUUACUCUUUA